UUUCUCCCUUUCUUUCUCCCCUCACCGUCAUUGUUAGGCAGCUCACAGCUGGGGAAAAAGGAAAAACAAUGGCGCUGCGACUGUUUCAUCCUCUUCGCCAUUCAUUCCUCACUCAAGCUCGUUCGAUUCAGUCCAUCCGCCGCCACAGAUUCUCACUUCUAAGUUCCAUUUCAGUGCCCAACGAUUCCCACAAGCUAAUAAUGGAAGUAAAGGAGAAACUUGAAAAAGAUCAUCAUGAUCUUCCUCUUGGCAAAAAUGGCAGAGAUGAUGACAACAUGAUCCUCUGGUUUCUAAAAGAUCGGAGAUUUUCUGUUGAAGAUGCUGCAGCAAAACUAGCUAAGGCCAUUAAAUGGCGUCGAGAAUUUGGUGUUUCUGCAUUAUCUGAGGAGUCAGUGAAGAGUUUAGCUGAAACUGGAAAAGCAUAUGUGCAUGAAUUUCAUGAUGUGCAUGAUAGACCAGUGCUCAUAGUGGUAGCCUCCAGGCAUUUUAGUGGAGAUCCUGUUGAAAAUCAGAAGCUUUGUGUGUUUUUAAUUGAGAAGGCUUUGAGCAAACUCCCAGUUGGGAAAGAAGAAAUACUUGGAAUAUUUGACCUUCGAGGAUUUGGCCCUGAGAAUGCAGAUCUGCAGUUCAUAACAUUUUUGUUUGAAGCAUUAUACAAUUACUACCCGAAGCGGUUGGGCCAAGUCCUCUUUGUGGAAGCUCCCUUUGUGUUUCAGCCUAUUUGGCAGCUAGCAAAGCCCUUGUUAAAGUCAUAUGCUUCUCUGGUGAGAUUUUGCUCUUUGGAGACUCUGAGGAAGGAAUAUUUUACAGAAGCAACCCUGCCAGCCAGGUUCAGAGAUUGACAAUAUUAUCACUAACUGAACAUUCAUGGCCUGGGGCAUGGAAGUAUUUGAUAUCAACCAUUGGCUGAAAUGGUUGAUAAUUGGAAAACAGGUGCACACUGUCAUACAUUUCCAGGCCUUGUCCAGGCAAUUUUUCUCAGAGAAUGAAGCAAUUGUGACCUAUAUCAAGGUUCACCAGUAUCAAAAUUGGGACAAAUUUGGUGGCGGCAGAUUUUCAUGGGUUCCAAGUUUUUCCAGGAGCCUAACCUUCCAAGAAAGGUGUUUGGAACUUAUUAGCCAUGCAAAAAUGCAUGAAAAUAAACCACCCCCCACAAAACUAGGGAGAAGUAAUUUCAUUUUUCACCUUUCAUGAAAAAUUGAUCUGUACCAGAUUAAGUUUGAUUCAAUAACUCAACAUGUAACUGCAAGUUGCAUGCAAAUGAGUUGCUGCCGAAUGCAGAAUGCAGAAUGUAGAAUGUUUGAGGUUUGUCUUGUGGAAUGGGCUUGGGUGGUGCAGUCAUGAGCAAGGACAUUUUGGUUUUAUCAUAGUUUUCACUAUAUAAAAUAAAAUAGUUCUUGACCGAA